GGAUGCACACGCAGCCGAAUGAGCUGCCGCAAUUGUCGCCGCACGACAUCACGACUCACGCGCGGAUCAUGUCGGAUAAUCCAGCCUGGGACGGCGAGAAGACCAUCGUCAUCACUUGCAGCUUCACGCCGGGUUCAGUUUCUUUGACAGCCUACAAACUCACUCCGAGCGGGUUUGAGUGGGGUCGAAGCAACACGGACCGGGGAAACAACCCGAAGGGGUAUUUACCCUCGCAUUACGAACGCGUGCAGAUGAUCCUUUCGGAUCGAUUCCUGGGAUUCUUCAUGGUCCCGGCGCAUGGAUCGUGGAACUACAAUUUCAUGGGCGUGAGACACGAUCCAAACAUGAAGUAUGACUUGAUGUUGGCGAAUCCGAAGGACUUCUAUCACGAAAUCCAUCGCCCGUCUCACUACCUGAAUUUCGCCUCG